UUAGAUCGUCUUGUUCGCUCCCUGCUUCUCCGUGUUCAACUGCCCCUGCUGCUGCCAACGAAGAACCGGAAAGCGCCCAAGGGCUCCCGCACGUGAACGAUGAAGGCGUUCGUCGGCAUUGCAGCCCUACUCGCGGCCUCCCCUCCCUGUCUGGGCGCCACCAGCAACGAGGAACACCAACCUACUCAUCCUCUCCUGAGCGGGAGCGUGUGCAGGGUCAGAGACUCUCUGGACUUUCUAAGCCCGACCGAACGUGCCAAGGUCACCCUCCAGAAGCGGGUUGACACGGCGAAGGAAGAGUUCCAGGUCGGACCCACCUGCCACAUCACCAACGGAGACGAGACCAAUGUUCCGGACUUCAUCGGGCAGUUCCACAAGUCGCUCCCUCAUGACAAGUUCGGGACGGUGAGCAAGACGUCCUACCAGAAGCUCCUCGACUGCGUCUUCUCGGCAGAUGUGAACGUUUGCGACCAGGUGCCCUCGGGGGCCAGCGCCAGGGGGGCCAAGAUGAUAAACCCGCUCGGUGGCACCGCACACCAGGUCGACGGCGCUGACAGCGACAACGUCUUCAUCACCACGCCCGACGGCGUGUUGUCCGAAGAACUGGCCGCGCAAAUGGCCGAGGUGUACUGGAUGGCCCUCACUCGAGACAUCCCUUUCAGCGAAUUCGCGACGAACUCCCUCGUCCGCGCCGCCGCAGAAAAUCUCGAGAGGCUCCCGGCGUUCAAAGGCCUCAACAUCCCCAAGAGCGCGGGUGGAAAGAUCGAUCCGGUGCAGGACCUGUUCCGAACGGACUGGCCUGGCGUGACGGCCGGCCCCGUGGUCUCGCAACUCCUUCUCUCGGACUUCGCGAUCGACAACAUUGUCGUACCGCCGAAGCAGGUCACCCUGGUCAAGGAGAUGGACUAUAUGACUACCUUCCAGGACUGGCUUGAUGUUCAGAACGGCGCCUCCAAGGUCAAGACCGAGUUCGUCGACGAGGACAAGCCGCUCUUCAUCCGGAACGGCCGCGACCUGGCCGCGCUCGCCUUCACCGACCUCCUCUACACCGAGGCGUUCCGCGCCGCCUUGGUCAUGUUCCGCCAGGGCAUCCUCUCCAGCGCCGAGGGCCCGUACUCCACCUCCGAGCGGCAGGUCGGCUUCGCCACCUUCGGGGAGCCGCACAUCCUCACCUCCCUCGCGGCCUCCAGCUCCUCCACUCGGCACGCGUGGUACGCCAAGUGGCAAGUGCACCGCGUGCUAAGGCCCGAGGCGUACGGGGGCCUGGUACACAACACGCUCACCGGUCGACUGCACACACCCCUGCCCAAGGCUAUCCUCCAGAACACGGAGCUGCUGAACCGAGUCAGGACGCAUAACGCCAAAUGCAACGGCGACGGCAAGGGGGGGCACGGAGACGGGACCUACCUGCUCCCCAUGGCCGUCGCCGAGGGGUCACCCGUUCACCCGGCCUACCCAAGCGGACACGCGAUCAACCUUGGUGCCUACAUCACCACGCUCAAGGCGUUCCUCGGCUUCGAGCUCGGACAGAGGUGCUACCUUGGGGACUUGGUGGUCUCCAACGACGAAGGCACCAAGCGGAUCGAAUACGUCCCGCGCAAGGGAGAAACGUGCAUCGAUCAGAACGGGAGGGAGGUCCAGGGACUCACGUACGAAGGCGAGCUAAACAAGGUGGCGUCCAACGUCAUCAUCGGCAGGUCUCACAUCGGCGUACACUACCGGAUGGACGGCGUGUACGGCGCCCUGAUGGGCGAGACUAGUGCUGUCCGCCGGCUGCAGCAGGAACUGCCCAACCUUUCGGAGGCCCGCGACACCAAGGGCAGCAUCCCGCCGGCCUCGUACAAGUUCCGCCUGUACAGCGGGAAGGUUCUGGAGCUGCUCGCGAAGGACAUCUUCAAGCUAGACGGACGGACGUGCAAGGGUCUCUACACAGGAGACGACUUCUGUGACGAGCACCAGGACGGCGGCCAUUAUCUGGAACACCUCGUGAACAAGGGUGGUGACUUCGCUUUCCACGUCGAGCUCUGAGCUACAAUGAAUGAAGACGGGUUGACGCGACCCCGAAAAUGAUAAAAUACUGAUUCAGGGUGCUACAGAGAUUUGCUUGUGAAUAUUCUGUACGUAGUGAACACUGGGUUAGCACCGAGACAGUGGCCCAGAAAAAGAGUACGAAUGCCAUGUCUGCAUCACUACGCACAUACGGCCAACAUUUGACCGUGCGGUUGGAUCAGGUGCACCUCUGCCUUGACUGUCGGAUUAUUCAUCGAGGACAUAGUUGUGUUGCGCUACACAUCCUGUUGUAGUCUUGGGAGGGAAUGGGAUGGCUAAAUAUCUAUGUUGGAGCUUGGGUCAAGCUCGGGCACUAAGCGUACGUAUCAUAGCAAGUACGGUGUCAUCACCGAGGUAUUACGUAUUGGCGUCACGAUGGUCGUUGUAGUAAUGUCGGCAGACCGAGAAUCCGGCAAACAUGUCAAACUUGAGGGCACAUAUUUGUGACGACAUAUAUUUCGAACCUCAUAGUGCGUACGUUUUCUCGUGCAGGCUUCUUGGUAGUGCGUCGCCGGCGUGCCGAUGCAUUGCAAGGAAUCAACCCUUGGAUGAAUAGAAAACAACAGUAUCUGCAUUGGUUAUGGUCGUCGCCGUUCUUGUCUUCAUCAUGAAUCUGGCGAAUCAAUCUUGGUGUGGUAAUGUGGAAAUUUUGGUUUGGAAUGAAUGUAGAGUGAAAAUGGGGUCACCGGGAUGGGAGCUGGCUCUGGUUGCUAUCAUUGUACAGUAGGAAAAAGGUAAAACUGAUUCAACCGUUCCGCGAGUGAAGUGAACGAUUCUGGAGUGGGAAAAGUCUCGAGUGAAAAUGGAAUCACGCUUGGAGUGGGGUUGGCUUGCUAUGGUUGUCGAAAUCUCGUCGAAAUCUUGAUAAAAAAAUGAUUCAGACGGCUUGUUCAGGUAGGGAAAUGAUUCUAGUGUGGCAUGGAUCUCGAGUGGAAAUAGAGUCGCUUAGACAAACGAGUAAAAAUGUCUUCGAAAAAUGUGAUCAGGGCCGACCAUGAAAUCCAUUGCUGCUUCACUCGAGGCGAGCAGCUUUGCCGAACUAGUGACACCGCCGACAAGACGUGGCCACGACAGGUGCGUGGGUGCACACCAUAGAUGUCGGAUCACAAGGCAUUAGGUGUUGACAUACGUAGUGUACCUUUUUGAUAUUGCAGCUUCAACAUUGCUUAUCUCGUUGAAGUCUGGGUACAUGUUUCAUUCUCCUACACCCAUCAACGAACCGACGUACAUCGUAGGGCCUUGGGGUAGUUGUGUACUGUAGAAGUAGGGCGUGGACUCUGCUCGUUCAUUUUUGUGAAUCUUGACACGAGGAUGGGUGGCGGAAUGUUGAGACGCUGAUGGAGAGAUGAUGCUCGUUGCUCUUGUAAUCUUUGUUGUCGUGGUCCUUUGAGUAUCAGAAACAGUUUUUUCUGC